AUGUCUUCCCAGCAGCAGCAGCAGCAGCAGCAGUGCCCACCUCAGAAGGUCCAGCAGCAGCAGGUGAAGCAGCCCUGCCAGCCACCCCCUGCUCAAUGCCAGCAGACCAGUGAACCUAAGACGAAGGAUCCAUGUGCUCCCCAAGCCAAGAAGCAAUGCCCACCUAAGGGUACAGCCACAGAAGCCCAACAGAAGUGUCCUCCAGCCCAGCAAACUCCCAAGAGUAUACAGAAAUAA